UUGUAUUGCAUCCAUAGCUUGUGCAUACCUACAUAAUAUUUAAUCCGGUAGUACAGGUAUUUAGAGGACCAUUAAAGCAAUUCCCCACACUCCAGUAUUCAUUAAAAUCAAAACAUCUUUUUGAGUUCAAAUUUUCAUUGACAUCAAGACAUUGCGCCUGUUUAUUUUUUUAUUUACUACUAAUUUGUACGAUUAGAAAACUGAAAGAAAUGGCUGACAGAGGACAAGGCACUAAAAAACCAACUGAUUCUCAAAAGAAACUUCAAGAAUCACAAGCUCAAGUAGAUGAAGUCGUUGGAAUUAUGCGAGUGAAUGUUGAAAAAGUUUUGGAACGUGAUCAAAAACUCACAGAAUUGGAUAAUCGAGCUGAUGUCUUGCAACAAGGUGCAUCACAAUUUGAACAACAUGCAACUAAACUUAAAAGAAAAAUGUGGUGGAAAAAUUUAAAGAUGAUGAUACUUCUAGGAGUUGUUGUGGCCAUACUAUUGAUCCUUAUUGUUUUCUUUGGUUAUAGUUGUUAUAAAGAUAUGGGAUAUUAGGUCUUUCAUUCCCAGUUAAUUGAAGCAUAUCCUAAACAUCGAAGCCACAAAUUUCUUUAACUAAAAUGUAUUAACUACAUAAUUAUAUGAUUCAUUAAUUUUUUUUCUUUUUUUUUUUUUUGUGAUAAUAAAUUAUGAUACAA